GAGUUAUUCAGCUAUGAGCAAACUGAAUUUUCAGCUUAUUUUAAAUUUUUUGCUACAAUGGGAAAAAAAUUUACUAUUCGAAAUUCUCUACUGACCGACAUCUUCGCCAAUUCUCGACCUUUUAGUAUCUACAAUGUGUUUAUCAUCUCCUUUACGUGUUUAUUCAUCCAAACACUAGGAAAAGAAUACGUCACAACAAGAAGAGUAACUUUCGGACUGGAUAUAAUAAGAACGGGCUUCGUCCACUUCGAUAAAGCUAUCUUCGUUUGGUUGAGUGGUUUUGGAUCAGCUUGUGCUUCAUUUUUCUUCUUUAAAUUAUGGUCAAAUCUUAGAGAGUUUGUCAAAGAAACCGCCCCGAUUUUGGACUGGUUUGGAUUAACAUGUCUGGCUGUAUAUUAUUUUUACACUUUCAAGUUACUCACUGAUGCAAUAUAUUAUUUUAACUUCAAUAUGCCUUGUACACUUUUUGUUACUUUUGAACAGGUUAGGUUUUUAAUGAAAGUACAUGCGUUCGUGCGAACCAAGACCUCGGAAGGACCCUUUGGUUUGUCUUUUUCUAAAUAUCUAUACUUCCUUUUCGCUCCUACCCUCAUCUACAGAGACGCCUAUCCUCGAACGAAAACCAUCAACUGGAAAUUUGUUAUUCAGUGCCUUCUCGAAUGCAUUGCCGGUUUUUUCACAGUGACUUUCUGCGCGAUCAACUGUCUUCCAUCUUCGGAAAGAUGGGCACAAAAGUAUACUGUAUCCGAGAUAUUGUUCGAGAUCGAGGUCGGUAUGAUAUUCACAGUAGCGGGUGUGAUAGCUACGUCCUUUCUGAUUUUACACUCGGUACAAAAUUUGUUUGCCGAGAUUCUCCAGUUCGGAGACCGUCUAUUCUACUUCGAUUGGUGGAACGAAUAUACUUUGCACGGUUGGUUGGUGAAAUGGAACAUGAUCGUGCAGGAUUGGCUGUAUUAUUACGUUUAUCGUGAUUUCAAGGAACACAUUUGUGACGAUGGUUUUCUGGCAAAAUUGACUGUGUUUUUGGUGUCUUUUGGUGUACACGAAUGGAUUACGUAUUGUUGUGUUGGUGGCUUUCUUCCGUUCAUGUUUUUUGUUUUUAUGGCUGUGGUGUUUCCUUUGUCGUUCUACGAAUUUCCUAAAAUCAUGUUUUUUAAAAUUCUUUUCCGGUGUUUCGGAAUUUUACUGGUGAGCGUCGGGAUAGUAUUUUAUACUCUCGAGUGGUAUGCUUGCUCGCAAAGCCCUUUAACAGACCCAACACUUUUAGAUUUAGUUGUUCCUAGAUUUAUAACAUGUGAUUGUGUAUUAAAAUGGUAG